AUGGACAUUCACCGCUGCCGCUUUGUACCACAUCAGCCGGCCUCAAUCAGCGCCCUCGCCUUCUCACACACUUCCGACCUCACGCAAAAAGCGCCGCCUGAACUGCGCCUGGCCCUCGGUCGGGAAAACAGCGAUAUCGAGAUAUGGAACCCAAGCGGUGGUCGAUGGCUUCGAGAAACAGUGCUUAGGGGAAGCGUUGGGGCCACCGUCGAGCAACUGGCCUGGACGCAAGACCUGACCAUUGAAGAUGAGGGUGCUGAUACCAUUGCGAAGCCUGGUGCGAUGCGAUUGUUCAGUAUUGGCGGCUCUAGCUCAAUCUCUGAGUGGUCACUGGCAUCAGGCAAGCAGCUGAGACGAGCAGAAGGCAACUUUGGCGACAUCUGGUGCUUCGCUGCACAGCCUGCCUAUCAGCUUCCGGAAAAUGGUAAAGUCGAGGGACCUAUACCUUCGCAGUCGCUGGUGGCUGGGUGUGGCAAUGGCAGUAUUGUGCUCUUCGCAACCGACGAUGGUGACCUUCGUUACUCGCAAGUCCUCCACGCGCCACAGUCGAAAAAAUCAAAAGUCCUCAGCAUCACCUGGCGCGAUCGCAAUACUGUCGUGGCUGGGUACGAAGAUAGCUUGAUCCGGGUUUUCGACGUAUCUACUCGCAAAGUGAUACGCCAAAUGAGUCUUGGAAAGCCCGCAGAAGGCAGCAAGACGGUCGUAUGGACCGUAAAAUGCCUCCCAGACGGAACCAUCGUCUCUGGCGACUCGUCAGGCGAGCUGAAAAUCUGGGAUGCCAAAAAUCUCUCUUUGACCCAACGGCUGAAGUCCCACCAAGCAGAUAUUCUCGACAUCACCGCGAGCUCUAAAGGAGACCAGAUCUUUACUUUUGGUGUCGAUCGAAGGACGAUUGCAUAUCAACCUCUGCCAAACCCAUCUGGCCAAAAAAAGAGGCGAUGGGCCCAAGUUAUGCACCGACGUUUCCAUGAUCACGACGUCAAGUGCGCAGCAAGCUACGAAAGCAGAGGUCUCAGCGUACUCGUGUCAGGAGGUAUGGACGCAUCCCCUAUCGUACUGCCGAUGAGGAAUUGGCAGUCGGAAUACCAUAGGAGUCUUUCGCAUCUACCACAGCAGCCACAGAUGUCGACCUCGAGGAACCGCCUGAUGCUUGCCUGGUGGGGCCGAGAACUCAACGUGUUCCAUCUUCCACGCCGCUCCACGGACGGUGAGAUUACCACGGGCUCAGAAGAUUAUGAACUCCUUGCCACACUGCAAUUGAAGGGUGAAGAGAACAUACAAUCGGCGCAAAUAUCUGGAGAUGGCAGCUUGGUCAUCUCAGCUACCCCCAGAGGCGUUCGGCUCUUUCAGUUGCGCCGCACGUCUUCUAAUGGCGGUCUGGCGAUGCGAUCCAGGUCUGUGCCCUUACCACUUUCUCUUCACGACUACGGUGCUCGCCACGUCACCUUCUCUCCGGAUGGGAAGUGGUUGUGCGUUGCCCGAUUCGACAACACUAUUCUUCUUGCCAAGAUUAUUCCUGGUGCUGAACCCAAGGACUUACCUUCAAUACAUCCAACGAUCGCUCGCUUAGAACCUACCGGGGACGAUAACGACGAUAGCCCGCUUCGCGCUUACGCAGACGCAAUAUCUGCCAUCACAUUCUCUCCCGAGUCUCGCGUGCUGGCUGUCGGCACACUUUCCGGACACACCACUGCCUGGACGCUCGAAGGUCAUGAAGACCGCAAUUCGCUAUCACCCAAAUCGGUCGCAAAAAAUGCGGCAUCCGACUCCGACUCCGACUCAGAUUCCUCAGACUCCGACACAGAGGACGACUCGCCUCUGAUCCAUGCCCAGCGCUGGACACGCACACCAACCCUUCCCCGACUUGAUGCAUCCAUUCUGUUGUUACUGUUCCGACCGUCUUCACCAGCUUCCUCUUCUCCCACAGCUAUCAAGGACAGACACCACCUUUCCCCUCCCUCAUCAAACAUUGCCCUACAUCCAACCCGCCACACGCCUAACCCUGUGGCCCACGAGCACCCAACUCUAGCGCCCCUGGUCGCCAUCACUUCGUCCCACACACUCACUGAACUGGACAUCACAAGAGGCAAGCUAACGCCAUGGUCACGCCGCAACCCCUCCUCUCUUUUGCCCCCACACUUCCGGCGCAUCAAAGACCGCGUCAUGGGCGGCUUCUUCCAUCACCAGCGCCUAUGGCUUUACGGGCCCAAUUGGCUAUACAUGCUCGACCUCUCACGCGAUUUCCCCGCGCCCACACCAUCAUCAUCGACAGGUCCGGUGCCUAAUCAGCUAGACGGCGCAGCCGAGAUUGCACGACCCGGCAAGAAACGCAAGCGCCCCACCAAGGACUUGCGCGGCACCGGCGCCGGCGACAAGAUCACCAAGCGCCGCGACCGCGACACGCCCUUCGCGGCCACGGCCCUGCGCUACAAAGGCGACGAAGGCGCGAUGGAGCUCGUGGAUCUCGACCGUCGCAUGGAACCCGGAAGUGACGCGGAAGAUGACGAGGCGGACGACCAACUGCUCGCGCUGCGCCGCGGUGAGGAGGGGCUGUCGCUGCCACCACCACCAGCGUCGCCGGACGGAUCUAAGUCCAAGUCUGCGAACGCGGAUUCCCCAGGGGGAGAUGGUGGUGGGUGGAGGGCACCGAGGGAAGGAGAGGCGCCGAGAGAUUGGUUCACGUUCCGGUACCGGUCGAUAUUCGGCGUUGGGGUGUUGCGCAAUGAUGGGGUCGAGGCUGCGAUGCGUGACGAAGAGGUUGAGGUUGGUGGGGAAGGGAAAGACGUGGACGUGGACGUGGGCAUGAACAUGAACGGCACCGGUGACACGCAAGAGAAGGUAGGCGGCCACGUGGGCAGCAAUGGCCUCGAGGUGGUCAUCGUGGAACGGCCGAUGUACGAAGUCGGGCAGCCUGAACGCUUCGAGGGCGGACAGGACUGGGACGCGUAA